AUGGAGUGCCCAACCUGUUUUGAUGUUUACAAUGAUGAAACAAAAAAACCUCACUAUCUUGAAUGCGGCCAUACAUUUUGUGAGGAAUGUUUAGCACGCAUCCAGCAGAACCUCAGAAUUCAAUGUCCAGCUUGUCGAAAAACUUUUACUAACGUAGUACCUAAAUCACUUCCUGUUAACUUUAUAGCUGCUGAUUUAGCAAGAAAAUAUCAUGAAGAUCGAAAAAAGCUUGUUAUGUGUGAUAAACACCCGAUCGACCCUAUAAAAUUUUUUUGUAAUACAUGUGAGGAAUGUAUAUGCAUUGAAUGCAUAAUUCAGCAUAGUGGCCAUCAGUUUGUGAAGCAAGAAGAAAGCAUUAAAGUUUUAAAGUCAAGAGUUGACAAAAUCGCUAGUAGACUUGAUGGCUGUAUUGAUAAAUCAAAUAACGCGAAAAAAGAAAUUGCUAAAGAAGAAUCCUCUUUAAUGCAAAGAAAAGAAGCAGACAAGAUGAAAAUAGAAAGCGAUUUCAAUAUUUUAAUUGAAUUAUUAUCAAAUCGGAAAGAGCAGCUCUUAAAUGCAUAUGAAGGCAUGCUUGGAAUAGAGAUAAACAGACUCAAAGAAGAACAAACCAAACUUGAUGCUCAAGAGCUCGAAAUUUUGAAUGUGAGACAGAUUUUGCUAAAAAAGGCUGAAGAAUUGCAAUUUUUAAAUGACGCAGAUUUAGCUGGAGGAAAAUACGCAGAAGAGGUUAACUUAAUUAGAGAAAAAGUAGAAAAUUUAGAGCCUGCGACAGCUGGGACUUUAAAUUUGCAUACUAUGUGUCCUACAGUUGACAUAAACAUUACAUCAUAUUUAGACUAUAUUCAAAGUAUUGGAAACAUCAUAUGAGAUCCCAGAAGAAACUAUGAAAUCAUAGAGCCCGUGAUCUGUUAUUUUGGCGACAAGAACAAAGUAAUGACAUAUGAUAUCACCUCUAAUACUUGGGACUUAAAAACCUAUUACGGUGCUUAUGAAUUCAACUACUAUGCAGCCGCAGUUGCUCUACCUGACGGUAGCGCACUUAUAACUGGUGGAGGAAGCUCGAACUCUGUAUACCAUUACAAGAACAAGACAAUAUAUUUAAAAGAGCCUAUGAUGCAGAUCAGGAAAGAGCACUCUGCAGUCUGCAUAAACAAUUAUGUUUAUGCAUUAGGCGGCUAUGAUGGGAUGGCUAACACCUUCCUUAAGCAAUGUGAAAGGUAUUGCAUACAAACUGAUAGCUGGGAAGAAUGCGCUAACAUGAAUGUCCCACGCUGUGCUUUCAGUGCGAUUUAAACUUAAACUUCUUACAGGUCUUGCUUGGGCCUAUUGAUAGCGCAGUCGUCAUGGAUCCCCUAUGUGAUUCACCCUCUUUGCGAUGCUGACAGGGAGAACUUUCUUGAGUAAGAUGACUCUUAUCUUAUGGUAUUUAUAUCGCUUAACGUCCACUACGGGGUUACAACUCCAGGUUUAUCACUCGCCUUUCGUCGCAUCGGGCCCACCAGUCUGCUGGAGACAAACUCGCUUCGAUCACCAAGGUGCUUCCAGGGCAAAUGUCCACGUCUUCGACGGCGAGUAAGAUGACUCACCAGGAGAUGAACACUACCUUUCCUCUUCUUCACCACCUGACGCAUGCACCUGCAAAGUAGUUCUGUGUCUCUGUCUUAUCCUUGCCUUGUCGACUUCAGUGUGGAAGGCUAAGGACUUCUGCGGCAUGCUACUUGGGUCGAUGAAGAUUGACCCCGCAAAAAUCCCAAAAAUGGGACUAUCUGCAAAAAAAGGGGAAAUUCAAAGCCUGGGGCGUAACUCCCAGUCUCACUCUAGGUAGUUGCCCGAGUGGUCUAGGCAUUGCCUGUAGACUUUGCUCAGCUUACCCUUUCCAACUCUGAACCCACCAUUUUUCUCGAGGAAAUAUCCAAUCCUGAAAGCGGACUAGGGCUAGGCUCUGUACAUUGCCAGAGCUGCUUAUCCAGCAUUGUUGUCCAUUAAUGGGUCGGCAAAACCUUGUCAAAUAUAAUUAAAGCACGCACUCGAAGGGAAUCGGCGAAGCGCUGAGACGCCAUAUUUAAUUGUGCUUUCAGUGCGACAGUUGUAAAUAAUCGCUAUAUUUAUAUUUUUGGAGGAUAUGAUGGGACUCAAAGAUUAAGUAGCAUUGAAAAAUAUAACCCAGAGCUCAAUACUUGGACUGAAUCAAGGGCAAAUCUACAAUUUCCGCUAUCAAAUUGUGCAUGUUUUUCUCCUGAGAGAAAUAAAGUUAUUGUAUUAGGAGGAGGAUUUUCGUCAGGGUUUUCAUUAUCGGUUGAAAAGCUAGAUAUAGAAACAGAAAGCUGGGUCUCGCUGCCGAUGAUGACUGAAGGAAGGGACUUGAGAAAUAAAGUUACGUAUUUUAAUGGAAAUGCUUAUUGCGUGGGUGGAUAUAGUUUUAAAGCAGAAAUGAUUAAUUUAGCAAGAGAAAUGUGGAUACAGCUGCCGAAUUACUUGGUGAGUGAUAAUUUGGACUCCUGGUCUUCGGCUUUAACGUACAGAUUAGUAGAAAAACGAGAAAGUGAGUCAGUAUCUCGUGCUUCUUCAAUCAAUAUAUCAAAUAAUUAA